AUGACGCUAAGGGGCGGGGCUACUGAGCGCCCGACUCCCGCUGCCGGGAUGGGCGUAUGGUCACGCCCACUCCCCAUUGGCCACGCCUCCCGGGUCACGCGGCGCCUCCAUCGUCUUUUCUUCCUGUCUCCCUGCAGUUGUCGCGGCCGUCACGGGCGGCCCCGCCGCACCAUGGCUGACCAGCAGGACAAAGCUGCGCUGAUCGCAGAGACGAGGCGGCGCUUCGAGGCGGAGUACCUGCCAGAUAAAUCAGAUAAGUACGAUUCUAGAGAUGUGGAAAGACUUCAGCAAGAUGACAAAUGGGUUGAAAAUUACCUGAUUUGGCGUCAUGACGUUGUGGAUGAUACAUUGAAGAUGAUUGACGAGAGCUUUCAGUGGAGGAAAGAAUAUGCUGUCAAUGAUUUGACUGAAUCUGUCCUUCCAAAAUGGUUGUUUGAAAGUGGUGCUCUCUUUCUGCAUGGAUAUGAUAAAGAAGGCUAUAAAUUAUUUUGGUUCAAAGUGAAACUUCAUGUAAGGGAUCAAAAACAGCAACUUGAUAAAAAGAAACUCGUAGCUUUCUGGUUAGAGCAUUAUGCCAAGAGGGAUCAUGGAAAGCCCUUAACGGUGGUAUUUGACAUGGCUGAAACUGGAAUCAGUCACAUAGACUUGGACUUUGUUCGUUUUAUUGUCAACUGUUUUACAGACUAUUAUCCAAACUUCCUUACGAAGAUAGUGAUCUUUGAAAUGCCAUGGAUAAUGAAUGGUAAGUCAGUUGGUUUAUUUUCCCCCAAGAUUGUAACUUAA